AUUAGCAGUGCGCUAGAAGCGUUUGUAAAGGUUCUAAAACGUUACUACUGUUUCAGUAGAUUUACUUAGACUGCCUCUGUGCUCUAUACCUGUCUUGCCCGAGUACACGCUUAGAUCUAGCGCGGGGUUGUUAGCCUAAGAGUACAUACUGAAGAUGGCAGCAGAAUUGGAAAGCCGACUUAAAAGCGCCACGGAGCUUGGGACAUCUGACAUCGCAGGCGCCUUGGAGCAGCUUAAAGGACUCGUGCUUGAAGACAGCAGCAAUGAUACUGACGCAAUUCGGAUAAAGGAGCAGGCUAUAUCCCAGCUAUGCGACCUCUACAUUAAGCAAGGCAACGCGCAAGGACUCGCAGAUCUGCUGACAUCCCUGCGGUCGUUCUUCAACGCCAUUCCCAAAGCUAAGACGGCGAAGCUCGUACGCAGUAUUAUUGACUCCAUUGCAAAGGUUCCGGGGUCCACGCAACUACAGGUGGAGGUGUGCAAGUCGCAGGUGGAGUGGGCUCGCGGCGAGAAGCGCACCUUCCUGCGCCAGCGCAUCGAACUGCGGCUGGCCAGCCUCUACCUGCAGGUUCGGGAGUACCCAGCGGCGCUGGCGCUCAUUGGCACCCUGCUAUCUGAGGUGAAGAAGCUGGACGACAAGCUGCUGCUGGUGGACAUAUACCUGCUGGAGAGCAAGGUGCACCAUGCGCUGCGCAACGUGCCCAAGAGUCGCGCCUCGCUCACCGCCGCACGCACCGCCGCCAACGCCAUCUACGUGCCGCUGCAGCUGCAGGCGGAGAUCGACUGCCAGAGCGGCAUCCUGUGUGCCGAGGAGAGGGACUUCAAGACCGCCUACUCCUACUUCUUCGAGAGCUUCGAGCAGCUGGCGGGACUGGAGGACCCACGGGCGGCGCAGGUUCUCAAGUACAUGCUGCUGGCCAAGGUGAUGUUGGAUCAGGCGGAGGACGUGCCGGGCAUCAUCAGCUCCAAGGCGGGUCUCAAGUACGCGGGCCCCCCCGUGGAGGCGAUGCGCGAGGUGGCGGCGGCAUACCGGGACAGGUCGCUGCAGAGGUUCCAGGACGUGCUGUCCGCCCACUCCGCCCAGCUGGUGGAGGACGAGGUGGUGCACACGCACCUGGCCGCACUGUACGACACGCUGAUGCAGCAGAACCUGGUACGGCUGAUCGAGCCGUACAGCCGGGUGGAGAUCAGCCACGUGGCGGCGCUGAUCGGGCUGCCGCUGGAGACGGUGGAGGCGAAGCUGAGCCAGAUGAUCCUGGACAAGAAGUUCAGCGGCACUCUGGACCAGGGCGCCGGCUGCCUGGAGGUGUUCCCCCCCGCCCCCGCCGACACCACCUACCCUGCCGCGCUGGAGGUGCUGGAUGCGCUGGGGCGCGUGGUGGACACCCUGUUCGUGCGGAG